AAGUUAUUUAGUUAGAUUUUACCGUAGAUACAUCAACUGCGUUCACUACUUACGCAUUUCUUAUUAGAACUUCGUUGUUCCAGAAUUAAAUGUAACAUAUAACCGCUUUAUUAUGAAAUAUUUCACCAUAUAAUAGAACUUUUCAUAUUUCCAUUGGUAACACUGACAAUUGAUAACACUGAUGAUACAUAGACUUGACAUAUUUUUCUAUUCAAUAGAAUCAUCGUUUUUCUUAUAAAGUUUCGUUAAUAUUAUAUAGUUAAAAUGAGACAAAUCCUUAUGCAUAUUUUAGAGCUAACACAAAUGACAAACAACGGAUAUUUGUAAAUGUAAUCGAGAAUUUAUAUAUACAUUCACAAAACGUAACCUAAGAUUUUUAAAUGAACAAGGAAAGGUUGGAGACAAAACCUGUCAAACAUCCUUCUUUGAAGGAUGUUGGCGUAUCAGAUCCACGUGCACGAUUAAAAGCUCUUUCAGACUAUGCAUCUGCUGUAGAAAUGGACCACAACAUUCCACCACAAAGAUAUUAUCGUUCUGGUGUAGAGAUGAUCAGAAUGGCUGACAUGUGUAUGAAAGACGAUCUUAAAUAUGCAUAUAUUUUAUAUGUGAAAUUUAUAACGAUAUUUGUGGAGAAAAUAAGAAAUCAUCCACAUUUUCAUUUAGUGCCAUUAAAGGACAAGGAACAGAAUCAACAAACUUUACGUAAAGUCAUUCCUAAAGCUGAAGAAAUAAAAAAACAAUUAUUAGAGCAAUAUCAGGCAGAAUAUGAGAAAUAUUUAGAAGAUGUAAAGUUAAGGGAAAGAAUUGAGAAGGAGAAACUGAAACAGGAGGAGUUAGAAAAAUUAAGAGAAGAGGAAGAGAGGAAAAACAAACUUGCUGCGCUAGCAGCUGUUAGAGCAGCAAAAGCUAUGAGUACGAAUGUAGUGACUUCUGAAGACAAGUUUAAGAAAGUUCCUAGUAUAACACCCAAACCAUUGAUAAGUCCAUCUUCUGAUAUAGCACAGACAUCUAAAGACAAAAGGACACCUACUAUAGAUCGUUCCACAAAACCUUCUGUGCUUAUGAGUGACAAUCAUACCUUACGGGACAUGGUGUUACCAACUAAAUUAAUGCAGAAUUUCCUCAUGCUGGCUUUUAAUAAUACAAUGAAUAAUAAAGAAACAUGUGGUAUCUUAGCAGGAAAAUUGGAAAGAAAUAAGUUAUUAGUAACCCAUUUAUUAAUUCCUGAACAAACUGGAUCUUCGGAUUCAUGCUUGACACAUAACGAGGAAGACAUAUUUGAUUAUCAAGAUCAACAUAAUUUGAUCACUCUUGGUUGGAUACAUACACAUCCUACACAGACUGCAUUUCUGUCUAGUGUUGAUCUCCAUACGCACUGUGCCUAUCAGCUUAUGAUGGCAGAAGCUAUUGCCAUUGUUUGUGCACCAAAAUAUGACGAGACAGGAUUUUUUAUUUUAACUCCAGAAUAUGGAUUAGAUUUUAUAGCCAACUGCCGAGAAACAGGAUUUCAUCCACAUCCAAGUGAACCACCACUGUAUACGAAAGCAAAACAUUGCAAGUUAGAUGUAUCGGCAAUGAUAGAAGUAGUAGAUUUAAGAAGAAAAUGACAUUUUUCAUCUUGAUAUAACAAAUUUACCAAUUAUCAUAAAAAAUUAAAAAUACUUUCGCUUACCUAAUAUAAAAAUCUAGAAGGAACAUUGCAAAUUAACGUUUGCAAAGCUUUCAAUAUUUUUAUGAUAAAGUAUUUAAGAAGUAUUUGUCGUAUUUAACAUAAAAAAAGCAUUUAAAACUGUAUUAAAGUUUCUGAUCAAACAAAUUAUAGCAAGCGAUACGGGAGAAAAUUUUUAUGUAACUUUGGAAGUUAUAUUGAUUAUUUACUAAAUCGUAUUAAUUAAAAAUAACGCAGCUUUAUCUAUAAAUAACUGUAAUUUAAAGUCUUUCAUGCGUAUUUAUUUUCUAACUUAAUAACAUAAUUUAGUUUCUCCUAGUGUAAUUAAAAACUUGUCUAUAAUUUUUAGAAAGGACUAGAUGUGUCUGAAGUUGAAGACACAAAUAUGCUUCUGUUAUUUUUUAUAGCGUUCACAUUUAUACGUUACGUUAUAAAUUAGAAAAUAAUAUGUAAAAGUUCAUUCAAAAUUGUUAUGAAUGUUAGUGAUGUGCAAAAUCUGUCUAUAAGUUUACGUGCCUUUUGGAGGAAAAUAAUGGUGUUCAAGCAUGCUAAUUACGUGACGUCUGUACAAUAUUUUACAGGAUCGCUUUACUGCAUAAAGUCACGAUCGAAGAGUUAACAAAGGCAUUGAAAUUAUGCUAGUCAUAAUUAAUCUACAGAGCUUGCUAUUAAAUAUAUUAGGACAUUGAAAUUGGUAUGUUGUUGAUGUAUCUGCUUGUGCAAUGUGUCGUUGUACUUUUCAUUAGAACGCUGUAUAUCCGAAUUAUAUUAGACGCUGUGUUAAUAAGAAUCAGAAAAUUUGUACUUGUAGGUACCUGACGCUAGAUUCGUGUACUCGUACGUACGAUCACGCGUUCAAAUUUUUUUCUCUAGAACGAAGUUUUUGUGUCUCAUAAAUGCACAGUUCUUCGUAUGUAAAUAUAAACGUGAAUUUUCAUUGACAAUUUCCUUAAGCAAUAUGAAGUGCAAAGAAUAACUUUCGUUGUAAUAAAAAACGGUUUCAAUGCUGAACCGCAAUUAAAUAUAUGCUAUGCGACCAGAAAUGUAAAUGUUAUUUAAUUUAAAGACAUAUCAGCGUAAAAAAUAAUUUAUUAUAACUUAGCUGGCCUAAUUUCGUGCGUGUGUCACGUGAGAGAAUGUUAGUAAAGAAUUUAUAUUUCUUAAACAAAGAAAUAAAUUAUAAAAUAAUUUAACGA